AUGUCCUCCACUUCUUCUCACAGUUCCUUCUCUUCUGACAGCUCUUACGAAGAAGGAGAAUUUCGUGCAGAUGAUUUGAGUUUAUUGAUACCGUCGUAUCGUAGAUUGUUUAGAGAUUUAGAGAGAGAUGUUCAAAAUAAUGCUAGCCGUCGUGCUUUAAAACCUCUUGUGGAUAAGAUAAACGGACUUUCAUGCCCAAUUUGUAUGGAGAAUUUCCAAGUGGGUAGUGAGGUUCGCCAGAUGCCCUGUCAUGAAUGCCACUCUCAUUGUAUUAAGUCAUGGCUGGAAGAGAAUAGGAGUUGUCCAACGUGCAGGACUGAAGUGGAAUCAAGAAAUUCGCGUGAACAGAGAAAUCGAAGUUCAGAGAGUUCAGAAAGGCAAGAUGAAGAUGAAAGAAAUUCAAGGCCUCCUCCGCCAGAGAAUAGUAAUCGUAGAUCACGUUCACGUUCUCCCCAGCGGAGACCAACAUUCUAA